UAACAUACAUGCCAGCUGACCAGGGUGGUUUGCCAGAUCGGUAAGGUUCAGCUCAUCGUUAGUAAACAUCAAGGUCCCGUGCUCCGGGCAAAGCCAGCACCAUCGUGGAGCCCUACGUAGAAAAAACAAUUAAGAUUGUCCUGGGAGUUAAAGGGCCAAUCGCGAUGAAAGUGUGGAUAUUUGCAAUUGGAUGCGCAAUCAUACUGACGCCUUUUAUAUUUUGCGGGCACAUGGACACAGAUGGUGAUGGUAUACCAGACCACUUGGACCACGAUGAUGACAACGACGGCGUACUGGAUCAUGAGGACCACGAUGACGACAAUGACGGUAUAGCUGAUCAUCACGAACAAGACUCGGACGGGGAUGGAAUUCCAGAUGAUACUGACAACGAUGACGAUAAUGAUGGCAUUCUAGACAAAUACGAUGAUGACGAUGAUGGCGAUGGUAUUCUAGACAACGAUGAGAAGGACACUGACGGUGAUGGGAUCAUAGAUGAUCUUGAUCACGAUGAUGAUAAUGACGGCGUACCAGACUACCUAGACAUAGAUGAUGACGGAGAUGGCAUACAUGAUGAUGUCGACAAGUUCAAAGACAUUGACCACGACAGAGUACCAGAUUAUUUAGAUCCCGAUGAUGAUAACGAUGGUCUCCUUGACGAUCAAGACCCGGAUGACGAUAAUGAUGGAAUACCAGACGCCCAGGAGAAAGAUUCGGAUUUAGAUGGAAUUGUUGAUGAUCAUGAUCAGGAUUCCAACAAUGAUGGAUAUAGAGAUGACAUCGAUCUUAAAAAAGAUUCUGAUGGUGAUGGAAUACCUGACUUUACCGAUACAGAUGAUGACAACGAUGGGAUACCAGAUGGACGUGAUCCCGACCAUGACGGUGAUGGAAUCCCAGAUGCACACGAUAGGGAUCAUGAUAAGGAUGGGAUUUCAGACGAUAUGGACCUUGAUGAUGACAACGAUGGAAUUCCAGAUGUAGAUGAUCAUGAUGACGACAACGAUGGCAUACCAGAUCACAUGGAAAAGGACUCAGAUGGUGACGGUAUACUUGACGAUCAUGACGACGAUGAUGAUAAUGAUGGGGUAAUUGACCACGACGACGAGGAUCACAAAAACUACCGUUGGAAACACCGUGAUUCGGACGGGGAUGGAAUUCCAGACCAUGACGAUCACGAUGACGACAACGAUGGAAUACCAGACCAUUUAGAUGAUGACCACUAUCAUUACAAGGGCAGGCACCAAGAUUCGGAUGGUGAUGGAAUUCCAGAUCAUGAUGACCACGAUGAUGACAAUGAUGGAAUUCCAGAUCAUUUAGAUGAUGACCACCAUCAUUACAAAGGCAGGCACCAAGAUUCAGACGGUGAUGGUAUUCCAGAUCAUGAUGACCACGAUGACGACAACGAUGGAAUUCCAGAUCAUUUAGAUGACGACCAUCAUAAAUACCAGCAUGCUCAGGGUAAGACUAAAGACUCAGACGGCGAUGGAAGUCCCGACCAUGAAGAUCACGAUGAUGAUAAUGAUGGAAUACCAUACCACAAUGAUGUUGACCAUCACAAUUAUCGUGGAAAGCAUUAUGAUUCAGACAGUGAUGGAAUUCCAGACCAUGACGACCACGAUGACGACAACGAUGGAAUUCCAGAUCAUUUGGAUGAUGACCACCAUCAUUACAAAGGCAGGCACCAAGAUUCGGACGGUGAUGGUAUUCCAGAUCAUGAUGACCACGAUGAUGACAACGAUGGAAUUCCAGAUCAUUUAGAUGACGACCAUCAUAAAUACCACCAUGCUCAGGGUAAGUCUAAAAACUCAGACGGCGAUGGAAUUCCCGACCAUGAAGAUCACGAUGAUGAUAACGACGGAAUACCAGACCACCAUGAUGUUGACCAUCACAAUUAUCGUGGAAAGCAUCAUGAUUCGGAUGGUGAUGGAAUUCCAGACCAUGACGACCACGAUGACGACAACGAUGCAAUUCCAGAUCAUUUGGAUGAUGACCACCAUCAUUUCAAAGGCAGGCACCAAGAUUCAGAUGGUGAUGGAAUUCCAGAUCAUGAUGACCACGAUGACGACAACGAUGGAAUUCCAGAUCAUUUAGAUGAUGACCACCAUCAUUACAAGGGCAGGCACCAAGAUUCAGAUGGUGAUGGAAUUCCAGACCAUGAUGACCACGAUGACGACAACGAUGGAAUUCCAGAUCAUUUAGAUGACGACCAUCAUAAAUACCAGCAUGCUCAGGGUAAGACUAAAGACUCAGACGGCGAUGGAAUUCCCGACCAUGAAGAUCACGAUGACGACAACGAUGGAAUUCCAGAUCAUUUGGAUGAUGACCACCAUCAUUACAAAGGCAGGCACCAAGAUUCAGACGGUGAUGGAAUUCCAGACCACGAUGACUACGAUGAUGACAACGAUGGCAUUCCAGACCAUUUAGAUGACGAUCAUCAUAUAUAUCAUCACGCCCAGGGUAAAACUACAGACUCUGAUGGCGAUGGAAUUCCCGACCAUGAAGAUCACGAUGAUGAUAAUGAUGGAAUACCAGACCACCAUGAUGUUGACCAUCACAAUUAUCGUGGAAAGCAUCAUGAUUCGGACGGUGAUGGAAUUCCAGAUCAUGACGACCACGAUGACGACAACGAUGGAAUUCCAGAUCAUUUAGAUGAUGACCACCAUCAUUACAAAGGCAGGCACCAAGAUUCAGAUGGUGAUGGAAUUCCAGACCAUGACGACCACGAUGACGACAACGAUGGAAUUCCAGACCAUUUAGAUGACGAUCAUCAUAAAUAUCUUCACGCCCAGGGUAAAACUACAGACUCUGAUGGUGAUGGAAUUCCCGACCAUGAAGAUCACGAUGAUGAUAAUGAUGGAAUACCAGACCACCAUGAUGUUGACCAUCACAAUUAUCGUGGAAAGCAUCACGAUUCGGACGGUGAUGGAAUUCCAGACCAUGAUGACAACGAUGACGACAACGAUGGAAUUCCAGAUCAUUUGGAUGAUGACCACCAUCAUUACAAAGGCAGGCACCAAGAUUCGGACGGUGAUGGAAUUCCAGACCAUGAUGACCACGAUGAUGACAACGAUGGAAUUCCAGAUCAUUUGGAUGACGACCAUCAUAAAUACCACCAUGCCCAGGGUAAAAAUAAAGACUCAGACGGCGAUGGAAUUCCCGACAAUGAAGAUCACGAUGAUGAUAAUGACGGAAUACCAGACCAUCACGAUGUUGACCAUCACAAUUAUCGUGGAAAACAUCACGAUUCGGACGGUGGUGGAAUUCCAGACCAUGACGACCACGAUGAUGACAAUGAUGGAAUUCCAGAUCAUUUGGAUGAUGACCACUAUCAUUACAAAGGCAGGCACCAAGAUUCGGACGGUGAUGGAAUUCCAGAUCACGAUGACUACGACGAUGACAACGAUGGAAUAACAGACCAUUUAGACGAGGAUCACCCUCAUUUUCAUCACAAACGAGGAAAGCAUUUUGACUCAGAUGGCGAUGGAAUUCCUGAUCACGAUGAUUAUGAUGAUGAUAAUGAUGGUAUACCCGAUCACUUAGAUGAAGACCAUCACCACUAUCGAGGAAGAUAUCAUGAUUCGGACGGCGACGGAAUUCCAGACCAUGACGACGACGACGAUGAUAACGACGGAAUCCCAGAUCACCAAGAUGACGAUCACAUAAAAAAAUCUGCAAGAAUUAGAACUGAAUUAUGAUAUUCUUAAUGAACUUAUAAAUUGACAUUUUAAUUUUUCUAUCUUGUACUUUUGAUACUCGUCCUCAAAAUUAAAUACAGGUCCCUGCAUUUGAUUUUGGCGAUUUUAACAACAGACUUAUUUAAAAUCCUACAUUUCCCAGUUAUCCUAUAAUUCAAAACUCUUGUUUGAGACUAUGCCUUUUUAAUGAUAUAAAACCAUUCCAUUUUGACUGAAUAU